AUGAAAAGUCACGCCAAAACACACGACAGGAUUAAAUGGCAAUGUGCUCUUUGCCCGAAAAUGUUUUCACGUAAGGAUAACUAUGAUAUUCUUCACGAUAAAAAUGUUCAUCGCGACGGAAGAAUCGCCUCGCUCCNAUCUCCAUAUAUCAUAUAUAAAUGCAUAUAUCAACUGUAAAGUAGGACACAGCCGCUAAAGUAAAGAUAACUACGAUGGACUUGGUAAUACACCGGGAUUUAUCGAAAUCGAUUCGACAUUCUUCUGCAAAAUCGUAUCAUUCUACGUGAAAAAUAUUAACAAUCAUUCAAUCUACAGUAAACUACUUCAAUCAUAACUCUAGGUAAACACAUUUAAAAAUAUAUGUUGGACACAAACUUAUAAUUUUUUUUAUUUUGCUGUUUAUUUUAGGUUAUAAUCUGGACGACUGGGGAAGUUGCAGUACACGCUCCUCCACAUUAGACAUACUUGAAGAUUUAGACGACACUUCGCCGAUGGGACGGAUGUACGAGGUAGACAUAGAGUAUCCAGAACGUAUGCUUGUCAUGCAGAACAUUGAGUCCAUAACAACUUACCGUUUCUACCUAAUUAUGGAGUGCCAUCAGAUUCAGAGGUAAAUAGAUGUAUGGCGACAUUGAAAGACAAGACUAACUAAAUUUUAUACUACCAUAAAAUGAAGCAGGUGAUAGCGAACAUAAAUAGCGAUUGUAAAUGAGUAAAUCAUUUUAUUUUUAUUCAUAUGGUUUAUUUAUUAUAUUUUUUGUAUUGUUUAUGUUACAAGUGCUCAGAACUAUGGAGUUCAAACAAUCACCAUGGCCGAAGGAAUAUAUUGAUUUAAAAACCGAUAUGAGAAAGAAGGGGACGAAGGAAUUUAUAAGGUUUUUUAUUGAUUCAUGAACAAUGCUGUUUUCUGUAAGUUAUUAUUAUUAUUAAAAUUAUUAUGAUUUUCUAGAUAAAAUUAUGGAAUCAAUAAGGCGGAGGAUUGACAUUGAGCUAGUAUCGAGUAAAAAGAGAGUGCAGAAAUUGAUAAAUAGGACGACGUUCAAGCAUUAUACAACCUACAUCUGCGUGCUGUAUCGCUGGAGAACAAAAUUAUAUAUUUUUGCAAACCGAUUUAUGUAGGGUUAAUCUGUGCUGUACAUCUUCAUGACCAAGAUGUAUGACUACCAUUACAAUGUUAUGAGGAAGCAUUCCAAAAAUUCAAUCACUUUGAUGUGUACCGAUAAAAUUGAAUUAUUAUCAGUAUUCAUUUUUUUUAUUAUACAUAUAAUAUUAUAUUGUUUUUCAUAUUUGUGUGUGUAUAACGGCGAGAGAUUUCUACAAGAACUUGUUAAGUACACAGGGCUCUUGGAGUGUACGGAUACAGCAAACUUGCCCAGAGACCCCUGUUACAAUGUUGCAAAAAGGAAAAGAUACCGGAAAAAAUAACAUACAAUANAUUUGUGAAACUGUAUUUAUGGACACUAACAAAAGACAGUGAAAAAAUUUUGUAUAUAUUUGUAAAAACUAUGGGACCAUGAAUUUUUCAAAAGUUUAAACUCAGUAAAAAUAUAAAACAUUUUAUAUCCUGAUUGAUGCGAAGAAAAUUAAGAAUUUACAAAGAUCUAUUUAUUUUUUUUUUUUUGUAAACAACUUUUCUAUCAAAAAUCUUGCCCUGAUUUACAAUGAUAGAACUUUUUCUAAAAAGAAAUAUGACUUGGAAGGUCUUAAAGCAGGACAUUUUUCGAUUUUCCCAGAAGUUUUCUCGACAAAUGGGAAAACCGUAGGGAAGAAUUGAUACAAUAUUAAACAAAUAUAAUUUAAGUAAUUAUAUGAUGCCAAUGUAACUAUUUUACCAUAAUAUGAUAUAUUAUAUAUGUUGACAAAACAACACAACAACUGAAAUCCUCUUGAAAUCAUUUCUAUGUUAACAAUGGUUUAUCGGUGCUCACAGACAUACAUUCAAUUUCACUUCUACUACCUUUCCUUUCCUUUACAACCUUUGAUGAAAAAAUUCAUCAAUCCAAUUACUAAAAAAAAAGUACACAGGUAAAAUUUUUCUAGAAUAAUUGAAAAAUUCUCCAAUAAAAUUAAUUGUCCACAUCUAAUAUACCCAAAUAAACAAAAUUAUAUCAGGUAAAAUAAAAUUGGGAGAAAAUCAGACUGAUCCCAUUCAAGUUAGUGCUUACCACUGAUACUUAAUUUUUUGUAAAAAAAAGUCCUUUAAUUUAAAUUCUUGUUUUUCAUUUUCCUUUUUUAAACAUUUCCAAAUAUUUUUACUCUAUUUAAAUUUCUUUGUAGAUUAUUAUCAAAAUUUAAAAAUUGCAUCAAUCAAUCUUCUUCAAUAUAAUAUACAAUUAAAAUCUAAUUAUUUUUAAAUACAAAACAAAAUAAUUAUCCUAGAUUAAUACUAGUUUUUUAAAAAUACUUUUAAAAUUGUAUUCUAAUAUAGAUACAAAUAAAACAUCAUAGUAAAAUCAACAAAUCCUUUGCUCCGAAUCUAAAAAUUUACAGUAGAUUUUUUGAUUAUCGAAUUAUAAUGACUAAAAAUUUCUCAAAUGUUCCUUAUUAAAUUACUUAAUGUAAUCAAACUGUGUAUUGUUAUAUUAUUUUUAUUAAAUUUAGAAUUAUUUAUGUUUUGUAUAUACCUUAUUUUAUUCAACUUUGUAUGAUUUAAUGUAAUUUUAUUAUGCUGAUAAUUAUUAUUAAUAUGUUUUAUAAUAAUAAAACCUGAAUUCAUAUUUUAUUUUAGUUUUAUUCAUUAGGUAAAAUCUGAAGUAAAUUAUUCAUCUAUUCUUUCCUUGCGAUAUUUAAGUAUUUAAUAAGCAUUUAGUUCUUUUAGCAUUUAAGCAUUUAGCAUCUAGUGUUUAAAUCACAAAAAUUUUUGAUCAAUUAAUUAUAAAUUGGUAUAAAAAAAAUUAAUAAUAAUUUGAACAUAUUUAAAAAACUGCUUGAAUAUAUUUUUGGCGGUUGCUGUGUCAUAUUUCUUCCCACAGACAAUAAUACUAGUAGUUUUCCCAUCUAGAACCAGGAGUGAUGUAAUCAAUAUUACAAAAUUUAAAACGAUGAUUGCAUAUCUAUUCUUAUUCUUGUCUAUAGAAGGCACCUUAAGAUUGGUUCAGAGAUGAACUUUGAUUGGUUUUUCAUUAAUGUAAAUAACGAUCAUGGUAUUAUAGUUAUCAAUCAACGAAUAUACUGACUGAUCCACUAUCACCACAGAACACCACUAUCACGUUAAUUUUUUAUUAAUCACUAUCUUUUUCACAGUGAUGCUACACAUAUGGCAAACAAUAAUGGUUAAACCACACUUUACCUAAACCGAGUUAAAUUUGAUUGUAAUACCGGCAAUAAGUUAACCUAUGGUCCAGUUGAUAACCGAAGUUCAGCUAAACUAGAGUUAACCCGAGAAUUAUAAUACCGACUUUGUAGAGUGUGGAGACCUUUUUCUGAGUACGCAUCCAUAUUUGAACAAGUAUCAAAUGUAGAAGAAAGUGUUUUUUGAUAGUUUGACAUUUUCCCCCCCAGACCCAAAAGUAAUAUUUCAAUCCAGAAAUGGUUCAAGGUUAAGUAAGGAGAAACAAUAAUUAUUUCAUUAAGUAACUAUAUAGGAAAAUAAAAAUAUACAUUUUUCUUUUAUACCUUUUAAUGUGGAUUGAUAAAUGUUGAAAUAUUUAGAGGUCUGUGGUGGUCUCUUUAUACAAUUUGAAGGAAAUAUCGCACCCUAGCGACUAUGACAAAUCAAAAAGUUAUUUUUUCAGGAAAUGGAAUUUCAAAUUUGAUCACAUUUUAAUAUUUAAAUAAAAAGUAAACUAUUUGUUCAAUCCGUUUUAAAGUGGUACCAAAUUGUAUUUAUUAUUUUACCUAUUAUUGAUAUAUUCAAAAAUUUCAAAACCAUAAUUAUCUUGAGAAAAAAUUUGAGUUAUGUCAGUUUAUAUGAUAUGUUUAGAAAAUAAAAUACGACUUCGGUCAAACAAUAAUUUUUGAAGUCGAAUUGUUUCAGUUUAUAUGAUUUGAUUAGAAAAUAAAAUAUGACUUAAGCCAAACAAUUAAUUUUAGAUUAUCAUUGAAAAUGACACUGAAUAAAAAUAAAAAUAAUUAUUCGUUACACUGAGUUAUAAAAAUUGUGGUACAGAGGUGGUAUUUUGCCUACAAAGUUCUAACAAGUCACCUUUUUUAGAUUUUGAAAUUUCUGUCAAACUUCAUACUCUUUUGAAAGAUUUUGUAUUGUGAUAUUUUAAAAACUACCGCUGUCUUUUAAAUCGUUACUAUUUCGUAAUUACUUGUUUCUUCAAGAUAUUUAUUCACACUAUUAGAUGUCAUUUCUGCCUCGAAAAAUUCUCCGUGUAAUAUAAUAUUAAAAUAUUAAACCACUAAACAAAAUGAACACGACUCAGACAAUAAAUUACCUAUAAACUACGAUUAUUCAAAACUAAAUCACUAAUAAUACUGGUGUAAUAAUGAAAUCGGAUAAACACGCGCAACCUGAUAGCAAAACUGGAUAAAUUCGGACCUAAUAAAACUUGUAUAAAGAACAAAGCAAAAUACAUUCAAGUUAUUGUAGAUAACAUUUAACACUAAUCAACUAUGAUAAAAUAUCAGCCAAUUUAUAUUAGAAAAAAAAACCCAUUGGGUAUAUAAUAUUAUUAUAUUAUAAUUGUUCAAAAUAGAAAUUAUGUCAGUCUUGAUGAAAUUUUUUUCUCAUCCUAUAUUAACACAAGUUCGUAUAACAUAUACAAAAAUACUGCUUGGAGUCUAGUCAUUUUAACCAUAGAUAAAACGGGAAAAAAUUAUUUUCAUGGCAUUAUUAUCUUAAAUAGUCCAAUUGUUGACUUGUAUCAAUAUAGUCACCGGCGUGCGAUAUAGUCGGCACAGGUUCUAGAAAUGUAUCGACCAUAAGCAGAAAGAUCAUUGAUAGAGGGUUUGACCAAAAUCAUACUACGCAUAGACUUCUCGAAUUCUGUGGAGCUUAAUUUAAUUUUAGUUGAAUAAGGGUUGGUCAUUUUUUUUUUUUCAAAUCAUAACGUGAUGAAAACAAAAUCGUGCUUGUAUUAAGCAUGAUCAAGUAACAUUUUUCUUGGCCAUCUACAAUACUGGUAAUGUUGAUAAGUAAAUCAUGUAUGAAGCGCACCAUACAUGUUGAUAGAGAGUCCUCAAUAUAGUCGUCAAAUUUGAUCAUCGAAGGUAAUGGUUGUAAUUCUUGUCCAUAGGAGAGAACGGCCUAAUUUCAGCGUCUGCUUGAAAAAUAUAAUAAUUAUCACUUGUGGUGUGUCUUCGAACAUACAUUUUGACUUCCAUUCUGGUCUCGAUGACCAGUUCCUCGGAGUACAUGUAACAAGUAAUUAUGUACAACAGAAUCAUAAUGAAUCAAGAAUCAUGAUUUAUAAUCGUAUUUGA